AACCUAGAUAGUUGGAAGAAGAAGAAGAAGGAAUUAAUUCAUCAUAUCAAAACAUAUUCCAUCUUCUUAUUCUUCUAAUGAGGAAGCCAGAUCAUCCAUCAAUAUUAAUGAAGGAGAAAGGGAAUAAUAACAAUAGUAAGGCAAAACUAAGGAAAGGGUUAUGGUCACCAGAGGAAGAUGAGAAGCUGAUGAAUUACAUGUUGACAAAUGGGCAAGGAUGUUGGAGUGACAUUGCUAGAAAUGCUGGCUUGCUAAGGUGUGGCAAAAGCUGUCGUCUCCGUUGGAUUAAUUACUUGCGACCUGACCUUAAACGUGGCGCCUUUUCUCCUCAAGAAGAAGAACACAUUGUUCAUUUGCAUUCCAUUCUUGGAAAUAGGUGGUCACAAAUUGCGGCUCGUCUUCCAGGGAGGACAGACAAUGAAAUAAAAAAUUUCUGGAAUUCCACAAUCAAAAAGAGACUGAAGAAUAAUAACAACAACAAUAACAACAGUAACAACAACACGUCAUCACCUAAUACCAGCGACUCGUCUUCCGAGCCUCGAGCACUCAUGGGUGGAAUAAUCCCUAUGCAAGGACACGACGUAAAUCAUGUAAUGGCAGCAAUAUGCAUGGAUAAUUCCUCAUCUAGUAGCAACCAUUUUAAUCCUUUCCCGCAACUUGACAAUACCAACUACGACAUAAUCGGAGCAGGUUUAUACAAUUUUCCAUCUUGUUUAGGUCAAUUUGAUGGAGAUGGUGGCGUUGUGGAUUAUGAUGUUGUGGAAAAUUAUAGUACUAUGGGGUUAGGAAGUGAUUUUUCAGUUCCCACAUUAGAGGGUGGUGGAAAUAAGAGUAUGGGGGGUCAGAUUAAUAAUAAUGUUAAUUUUAGUAGUAGUAAUAUUACCGCUGCCAAUAUUGACUAUAAUUCUUUGAUUGAAAAGAAAACAAAUGGCAACAACAACCAGCAGUUGAUGUUGAGUGAGACUAGUGAUCAAAGUCUCAAAGUUGAAGACUAUACGGUUGGUUUUGGGAAUCAUCAUCAUCAACAUCAUUGGCAUGGAGAAAGCUUAAGAAUUGGAGAAUUUGAUUGGGAAGGGUUGUUGGCAAAUGUUUCCUCCUUACCUUACCUUGAUUUUCCAGUUGAAUAACUACUCUCUUCAACCCUCCAACGUACCCCAUCCCACACAAUAAAGACACAAAUACCCUUUAUUUUCCCAUAUCUUCUUCUUUUUCUUUUUCUUCUCUAUAAUUGGGAAAUCUGCAAGAGCUAGCUGGUGGCUAAAAAUUCGAAAUGCCUUUCUUGACCUAAAUACCAAGUUGUUGUCUUUCAUAUCUUCUUCCAUAUAUUCAUAUACUUGAAUCAUUUCCACAACCCCAUUUACAGAAAAUUUUGAGACAGGUACACUUCUUUUUUUUGUUUUCCACUAUAAAACACUUCCAAUAGAUUUUCUUUUUUACUUGCCAUAUUUUUUUUCUUAUACAUGUUCUUCCUUCAUAUUGAUCUUUUCGUUCCCUUCAGCCGAAAGUUCCUUCAUCAAAGUUCAUAGAGGUUUAGAAAUAAGUCUUCAAAUUUGGAAAUACAUUUUCAGUGAGGGCAUUUUCAAUGAUUGUCAAGGAUUAUGGAGAUACGGGAGAAAUAACCUUUCUCAAGAAGCAAAGUUUGAAUAGAGAAUGAGCACAGAAUACGUAUAUAGAAGAUUACGAAGAGAAAGUAAAUAAAAAGGCCAGUUGUUGAUUUGUAAGCAGUCUUUGUACAUAUACAGAUAUGAAUCAAUAAUCUUUUGAAGAUAAUUAGUGAGUUACACGUUUCUCAGAAUACAGAUGGAGAGAAUUGUUGUACGUUCUUUAAUUUGUAUACACAAAGGAAUAAGAAGCAAUGUUAGU